AUGAACAAUUUCAAAUGCCAACUCGGUUGUAGGAGGAGGUUGAAGUUUGAUAGCGACGUUGCCGAUCAAAAACAACAGUCCAGACAUUUCAGAUUCCAAUCUACCAGUAGCAAUCAUGUCGGUACAAACAUAUUCUGCACCAACAGUAACAACUUUGGAACAACAACAUUCGCAAUGACGGCUGUUGAACAAGAAAACAAUUAUAUUCAUAAAUGGAUUCCACUUGUGGUGUGCUAUGAUCAGUUCAUGCCAAAAAUUCUAUAUGAAGAAUGUGAAGAUUCUGAUUUGAAGAAUGAAAAUGCAAAUGAAAAUGUUUCAAAUAUAGAUUCUGUUGAAUACCAUGACAUUGAAACAUUAUUCAUGAAAGAAAUACAAAAUCAAUUGAAAUCACAUUGUGACAUCAGCGACAGUUACAUUAACACGAGUGAUAACAACAACAUGUACUUGAUAGCUUUAGAUGACAAUAUGUGGCUGAGAAGCAUGAGGCACCAAGUAUAUCAAGUUGCCAGAAAAUACACUUGUUCUAUGGUGAUAUUAUAUUUUCCUGUGGAUGUAGAAACAUCUUUGCAAAGAAACUCAAAGAGAAAGCUAGAAGAUCGAGUUUCUGAUUCUUCCAUCAUCAAAAUGGCGAAUAAUUUGGAAAAGCCGGAUUCUAUUUAUAAAUGGGAACGUUUUACUUUCAUUUGGAAUGGUGACAGUUCUGCAAUUGAAAAUAAUUUCGCUGACCUGAUGAAGAUGAUAGAAGAAUCCAUGGACCAUCGGUGCUGUUCAGUACGUGAGGAUGGCGAGGAAGAGGAAGAGAAAGUCAGGCAGUCUCGGGUGGCCACCCUCACAAACAUCAUCCACCAAUCAGACAUCAUCCUUAGAAAGUUGUUGUCUAAUCAUAUGAGCUCAAAUUUAACAAAAGUUAAUUUUUUGAUGGUUACAAAAUACUCUUCAGAUAAGAAUCUAGACAGAAAAGAGAUUGCUAGAAAAGCCGGUGCGUGUAAUGAUAUCAAGAACAAAAUCAGAAGCAGCAUUAAGUCUUGCGAAAUUCACCUACCCUUAUUAACGCAAGAAGAUGUUGAAAACUCAUCGAGCAAUGAAAAUUCUCUCCUAUACAAACAUCUAAAACAACUGUUCACCAAUCUUCUUGAUGAACACGAGAACAAUGUUUACACAUCUGUUCACCACAUUUCUUGA